CCGCAGUUUUAGUGCAUUCUAGAUUUGUUCUAAAAUGUCAAGGAUCUUGGAUCAGAGAAUUUUGCUGUUAGUAAUUUCAUUUUUAAGAAGUCUGCAGACUACAAAGGUACUUUCAGAAUGGAAGAAGUGUGGUGAUCGGGAAUGUGAGACGGCAAUGAGCAGAGUUCAAGCCACUACAGACUACUUAGGGCCUGAUUGCCGGUAUCUUAACUUCAAAACAGGGGAAGAGAUAAUGGUAUACUCCAAACUUUCAAGGAAAAAUGAAAAUUUGUGGACAGGAAGUAAAGGAAAGGAUUUUGGAUAUUUCCCAAAAGAUGCUGUGAAGGUUGAGGAAGUUUUUAUCGCAGAAGAAGUUGAAGUGCUCACCAAGGAAACUGAUUUCCUUUGUCUUCAUGGAGACAAGUACACUUUUGAAAAUGAAGACAGCACAUUACAUGAUUACAACAAAGACAGUGAAUACUCAUCACUUGAUGCAGAAUCAAAGCUGCAUGAAGACGAACUCUUAAAACAUACAGGAGACUCCACGCAAAAGGAAGAAAGAGUUGAAUCGAUUUCUGAAAAUGAUUCCAAGGAAUCUCCCACUCAGGAGGAGUCUGCAACUGAAAAGUCGGUUAGAAAAAAUGAGAACAGAAAAGAUGAUACCGAAGAGCCAGAAACGCAAAACAAUGUCCCACUAGAAGCCAUUCCAACUCAGUCUAGUUGGAUUGCAGGAUGGUUCAGCACAGGAAGUAACAACGAUGAAGAGCCCUUAAAAGCCAUUACUGAAUCUUUAGAAGAAAAUACAUACCGAGGCAGAAAAAUGGUGGUAACUGCUGAAAAUGACUUACAGGAGCCAAAUGAGAAGGAAGAACAAGAACCCCCAGCAUCUGCUUGGUUUCAAGGUGGACUGACGGACUUUCUGUACUUUGGUAAAGAGAAUGUGGAUGUUGGUUUGGCAUCAGAAAAAAAUGAUCCACAAAUCCAUGAUGUUUCUGGUGUGCCUGGACAUUCCAAUAAUGAACAGGAAACAGCAGCCACAGAAUUACUGACAGAAGAAGAAAAGACUGAAAGCCAAGAAUCCAAAUCGAGUUGGUUUAAUUUGGGUUUAACUAAUGUUCUUAAUUUUGGCCAUGCUGAGAAAGAUACAAUUGUUAUGGAAGACCAGCCAAGCAGAGAAACAGAGGAUGAAGCAAAUAAGAAUGAAGAGGUGCAGACUUUAGACCAGAAAGAAUCACACAUGGACAAAGAAUCAAAGGAGACAGUUAAAGCAGUGGCAGAUGAAGAGAUUUAUGGACAAGAAAUAACAGAUUCAAACAGUAACAUGCCAAACCCUGGGGAGACACCAGCAAGUAUGCGUACUCUUAGUGACAACAAAAGCACCUCAAAUAACACAGAAACAUCUUUUGAUAUACUAAGAGGUGACAAAGAAAAGCCAGUUGAACCUUACAGUUCAGAACAAAGCUUGGUCUCAGAAAGCCAACUGCUGAAAAACACUGAAGCUAAAAAGAGAAAUAAGGACUCAGAAAGCAAACAUGGCCAGUCAGGUUGGUAUACAAGUAUCUAUAAUAGCUUUAUCAAUUAUAAUACGGACACAUAUGAUAACCAACAGGGACAUGAAUCAAUUGCACCAGAUCAGAUUUCUUCUUCUCCUACCCCACCUCAGACUUGUGAUCCCUCAGACACAAAAAACACAGAAGAAAAGCCUGACACAGCUGAAGAACAGAUCCAUUUCUUCACUUUUAGUCAUUUUGCAGACAUGCUGAAGUUUCAGAGUUCAACAGCCAAAGAAGAGCAAGUGCAAAGUGUGCAAGGUGAUGUGCUUUUUAGUGAAGAAACCUCUCAAACUGAAAAUGAUGAUGAAAUAUUACAAGGAAAUAAUAACAGAGCAAUAAAAGUACAAGCAAAUCAGAGAGUUAGUGAGGAGCUGUCUGGAAAAGAUGAGGGUGCAAUCCAAAAAGGCAAUCUGUUUUCCUCACUAGCUGUGCAAAAUAAUGAACACAGUAAUGAACAAGCAAAACAUUUUGUCAAAUUAGUUGAUGAUAGUGAUGCAUCACAAAUUUUACCUGUCGAAACACUAGAACAACCUGAAGUAUCUCAAAGACAGUAUGUACCCUUAUUUAGUUAUUCCAGUGCUGAAGAACAUGUUUCUAAGAGUAGCAACAGUCAGGAACUACCAGGAACUGCAGAUAAUCACUUGGGCAUCAGGAAGACCCAAUGUGCCAGUGAGCCAAGUCUUACUCUGGAAACACCCGAGAGAGGCAAACCAGUUGAAUGCUGUGAUACAGAACAAAAUUCAGCAUUGAAAAGCCAGUUUAAAAUGGAUGGUAAUGUAAAAGAGAAAAUUCACAAACCAGAGAAUAAAAACGAUGCAGUGGGGUUUUAUGAAAACAUCAAAGAUUUCAGUCAGGAUAUUUUUAAUGAUGAACAGGAUCAGAAAUCUGAAGAGUCACAAGAAGUGACUCCAGGCCAACCUUUCUCUCCUCACCCCUCAUCUAGUGGCUUCAGUUUAACAGGUACCAAAACUUCAGAAGAAACUGGCCACUUGGAGGACACAUGGAGUUUCAGAACGGCAGGAAUAGGCAGAAGAAAGCUACUAGAAGAAACACCAGAGAAGGAACAUGAAAUGAAUGCAGCUGUAGACAGUGAACGUGACAGUGAUCAACAUUCAAAAGCAAUAGCGAUUCCUUCAGUGCAUUCUGAAGAAAAAACGGACAGUUCAGCAGUUGACUCUCCACUGGACGUCACAAAGCCUUUCUCAGAUGCCAUCCAGAACUAUGUUCCAAGUAAUGGAGGCUGGAUAUAUCAGAUAUUUCUGUGCUUGAAUGCCCUUGAGAUCAGGGAAUCGAUAAAAUCUGUAUUUUCAGCAGUGACGAGCAUUAUCAAAAAGGCUGUGGCUUCACUGCCUGAAGAUAUGAGACCUGGUCCUGAUCUGUAUGGUUUCCCAUGGGAAAUAGUGAUUUGUGCUGGCAUUGUUGGAGCCUUUACUGUUCUCUUGUUCCUGUAUAGAAGUUAUCAAUCAGUUAGAAGUCGACUUUAUGUAGGAAGAGAAAAACAGCUUGCUAAUAAAAUUGCUGAAUUAGUUGAAGAAAAAUGCAAAACUCUUGAAAAACUCAGCCUUUGCAAAAAAGAGUUUGAAGAUCUAGAAUUGUCUCUGAAGGAUGAUAAUGUUAUGAAAGAAUCAACAGAUACAUCUUUUUUUGAGGGAAUGCAUGAAAAACUGAACAAGUCAAACUUGGAACUCAACCAAGAAAUAGAGAAUCUAGAAAAAGAACUGGAAGAAGAAAAAUCUAAGCAAUCAGAAAAUGAUAACUUGGUGGCUGAAAAUCAGAAGCAAGUGGAGUCUUUAGAGAAUGACGCAAAAUCUAUCCAGUCACAAAUUGAUGAGGCCAAGUCCACCCUAAAAGUGUAUCAGAUUAAUACAGAGAGACUCAAGACAUCCGUUCAAGAUGCAGUAGAUGAAAACUGUCAUCUCCAGGAAAGUGAGAAACAGCUUUUACAAGAAGCUGAAGGAUGGGGUGAACGAUUUAGUGAACUGAACGAACAAACUAAGAUGUUUGAAACUUCUAAAGCAGAUAUAGAAGAAGUAUUGAAAAAUAAAGAGAGUCAAGUAAAGUCACUGACACAAUACAUACUGAAGAUGAAAGACUGGAGUUCAGCAAUAAGAGAAGAUGACGACGCUGAAGAUAAUCUCUGGGACACGGAUAUAAAGGGUGAAACAGAGAAUGGAGAGCACUUAGGUACGGUUGAUGAUCAGCAAAAACGAACUGUAAGGAAAUUGAUCUAUGCUGCAAAGUUAAACGCUUGUUUAAAGACUCUGGAAACAGAAAGAGAUCAAAUGUAUUCAAAACUGUCUGAUGAAAAUAAAGCUAAAGGAGAACUUACAGAACGUAUAGAAAACCUUCAAAGUCAACAAGCUUCCUUGCAGUCUGAAAAUGAGCGUUUUGAAAACGAAGUUCAAAAGCUUCAGCAGAAACUUAAAGUAAUGACUGAGCUUUAUCAAGAAAAUGAAAUGAAACUACACAGGAAGCUGACAGUAGAAGAGAGAGAACGUCUACAGAAGGAAGAAAAGCUUUCUAAAGUAGAUGAAAAAAUUAAUCAUGCUGCUGAAGAACUAAAUAGCUACAGACAGCGAGCAAAAGAUCUUGAAGAAGAGCUAGAAAGAACCAUUCGUUCUUACCAGAAUCAGAUUACUUCACAUGAGAAAAAAGCUCAUGAUAAUUGGCUAACAGCCCGAGCAGCUGAAAGACACCUCAAUGAUAUAAAAAAAGAAAAUGCACAUAACAGACAAAAAUUAACUGAAGCAGAAUUUAAACUUGACCUUUUAGAAAAAGAUCCUUAUGCUCUUGAUGUUCCAGUUAGACCAUUUGGCAGAGAGCAUUCCCCAUAUGGACCCUCACCAAUGGGCCGGCCUUCAUCUGAAACAAGAGCUUUUCUUUCCCCUCCAACUUUAUUGGAGGGCCCUUUAAGGCUUUCACCUAUGCUUCCAGGUGGAGGAGGAGGAAGAGGAUCCAGAGGACCGCCUGCAAUGUAUGAAGCUGGUAAUGAAAGAGGAGAGCUGAGUUCUGAUAGAUUAACUGAUCCCCACAGACCACCAUCAGAUACUGGAUCCCUGUCUCCUCCUUGGGACAGAGAACGCAGGAUAAUUCUGCCUCCACCAGUUGAGCCUUACGGUGAUCCAGUUCCUCCUCCUGCUCGAAGACAAGAAAGAUUUUUCCCUAAUCCUCCAAAUACUGGAAGACUUUCUGGACCAGCAGAACUACGAACUUACAAUGUGCAGUCUUUUGAUAAAACAGAUGGACAAACAUCUUCAGAAAAUAGCCCACGCACAGAACCAAGUGGAAAUGAGAUGAAAGAUCAUUCUAACCUUAGCAACUCGCUACCUGAUCAGUCACUGGCAUCUGAAAGUGAAGCCAUCAGUUCAGGGUUUGCUCCUCCACCUUUCCCUCCAGUCAGACCUCCGAUGAUGCCUGUGGAUCCUAGAGCACCUUUCAUGAGACGAGGACCUCCUUUUCCUCCCCCGCCUCCUGCUGGCAUGUAUGGACCACGGGAAUGUUUUCCAGUACGAGACUUUGGGCUUCCGCACCCUCCGCUGCCAAUAAGAAAUCCAUUUCCAAUGAGAUCUUAUCCUCACUAUCCGCCUCAACGACCUGGAUUUUUGCCGCCGCUGCCGACACCUCCUGAAAACAGAGUUGAGCCCCCUCAGUCAAAUCCAUCAGCUGCAGAACAAACCGAACCCCAGCAGGAGACUUGAUGGUCAUUUGAGCAACGUGCUGAACCGUUUCUGUGCUCUCCUAACGGCAUUUUUCCUUACGUUAAGUAACCGUUGUUACUUAGGUAUAUAUAAACUACUUUGCUCAAAUUGAAGCUUAAUAGAGAAUUCUCAGGAUAGUAUUUUGUAAAUAAAGAAUGAAAUAACUAUGAAUAUUGUGAAUAAGUGAUUUCCAUUGUACAAUAGCCAUUUUAAAUUAAGUAUUUCUAACUUGAGUAAUCUCUUCAGAGGUGUAUAAAAGUCCAUCUGCUUUGUCCUUGUUUAGUUGUACAGGGGAUCUCUCUGCAUGCCAAAAGCGCUGCCUGCUGCUUUAUGAAUAGAAUGUGAAAACAGUUAAUAAAAGUCUGCUGAAAAUGAAGGAAAUGUCACUGUUAACGUGGUACUAUGGAAGUAGUUGAAGAGGAAUUAAUAUCAUUUGCCACUACACCCGUACUCUGGUAAUGACCUCACAGGUAAUCUUUCAGCUGUCAGAGCUUUACGAAGUGGCAGUUGUCCUGCUGCUACAGUGGGAGGGAAGGGGAAGAGGAAGCGUAGCGCAACUCUCACAUCACUCUUCAAAACUUAUGCUGUAGGGUAGGUGUUUUAUUAAAAAUGUGUAGAUGGGUUUUUUAUGAGAUGAGGGGGAAGGAGGCAGAGCUGUGUCACGCUUUAGCACCACCAGGCCCUUGCCUUUGAAGAUGCAGGCCUGCACUGAACUAACAUUAGGAGGUUUUUUUUCUACUGUUUCAAAAUGAAUUCAGUUUAUUAGUCUUUCAGAUUUUAACAUGGGCAUUUGGGAAGCUGGGUGGGACAAAAACAACCCCACUUCCUUCAGCUCAAAUCUGGGGAGCAGUCAGGAUUUAGCAACAAAAUGGCCACAUAGGAUAAGGCAGGAGCUUUCUGUGAGCGUGUUCAGCCUAACACAGAGUCCAGGCAAUUAAAACUGCAAGGCAAGGGGUAGAAUUUCUUUCUUGUCUAGAACAAGCAGAGAAGCAAGUAUACCCAAUACGCAUAGCAAAAAAAAGCAACAAAAGGGGUCAAGAUUAUGCUGCUGUGGCAAACGCUAAAAAAACCCAAACAAAUGUAUAAUAAUGCACUGGGCUUCACAAAAAAAAAAAAAAGGGAGAAUAAAAAAAUAUGAGGAAGAGGCAGCAAACUACAGCAUUAAUAAUUUUGAAUGGCUAUAAAAGCAUUUGGUGUGUUAAUUCAUCCGCUUCUUCCCUGUGGUCACAGCCACCAGGAGAGGCACCCCCCGCAUACCUGCAGCCACGAUGCCAGAUCUGGACCGAGCCUACCUCCAUUUUACUGACUAUUGUACAAUCUAGAGAUUUCUGCCAGAAGCCAUGGGCUCUUCUGCCAGUUUAGCUUCAGAUUGAAAACCAUGUAAUUCCUCACCAUGCAGUCAGUCAGUAGGGGACUCUAAGAUAAAUAAAGAAGGAAACCGUUUUUAGCAAGCUCCUGCUUGCCACCACAGCUGUGGGCAGCUCCCCCGUUCUCUGCACACACACACCCCACACAGUUUCAGCCUUUAAUAGAAAUGCAGCCACCACACCCCAUAAUUAGAAGUUACAAAAAAUAAAAAAUCACCAGCCCACUUUUUUUUGGUAAUUGUUUAGGUCAGGUCUGCUGAGGGAAAGGAGCUUUUUCUUUCUGCAGCUCAGUGCUCCUGCUCCUCCUGUUAUUUCCACAGCUGCUUCUUCCAGCUGCAGAAAUCUGUGGCUCAUUCCUGUGAUUUCUUUAGUCUCCCUUCUACUCCUAGGUUAGUCCUCAAAGGCAUUUCAGUAGCCCUUUGUCCUUGAGCUAUCCUGCAACAACUUGGACAACAGACUUUUUAAAGCAUUAUCUACAUUAUGCUAAGUAGCAGUUAGAACAAUUCCAUUUGGCUGUGGAACGAUUUUUUAGCCAAUUAGUUACCUUCUAAAGGCUCUAAAUUUGCCCAGAAGACUUCACCAGGAUUCCAAAAUGAACGAUGUGGUUUUCCCCUCACGCUUCAAACCAGUCCCAGGAACAACCAGAACUGCCAACUGUCCCCUUGCCCCCAUAGGUAGAACCAGUGGAUAGCACCCAGGUCCUCACUGUAACAAUCCUGCCACCAGGAGAACCCAUUCCUUUUUUUCCAGCUCACACUAAGGGUUGCAAACUACUUAGGAAGGUAACUAUGGUUUAUGAACAAAUACAGUAUGUCUCUGUGUGGGUUAAAUAUUUGUUCUAGCUUGUAACUAAGAUAACCGUCUGCAAAAAAACAAUUCUUCCUCCAGUCUGCUCUAUGCCUACAAUGAUGUUGGACGCUGCAGGCAAAACAAAAAUUAGCCAGACUAAGGCUAAUGCAGGACAAGCGUGGAUUAGAUCAUCCCACAGAGAAAAUGGAAUCAUUUCAGACUCCCCCUCCUCCCAGUAAUAGCCCAAAAUUUUAUUUGCAGACAAGCAAUUUAAAAACAAGCUCAGAUUUAUGCAGUAGGAAGCAGGGUGUAGUAACCCAACAGAUGUAUUUAGAUGUGUUUUAACAGAGAAGGGUCACACAAGUGCUUAUGGGGUGAAGUCCCUGUCCUGCGUCCGUGUGUCCUCCCCCUCAGAAGAAAAAGCCAUACAGUUUGAACAACUGAAGGCUUGUGUUCCAAGUCCCUGCUCCUAAAUCUAGAAUGCAGCAAGACUAACUUGACAUUGCUGACUCUUUAUGGAAAAGAAAAAAAAAAAAAACA